AGAUGAUUGCAGAUAAGUCGAGACUGCCAAGAGUUGGAGCCUUUUAUUGGUGAACAGUUGGCUUCUUUGCUUUAUCUUGAGCCAGAUAGUGAACUCAUGGCAAUGCUGAUUGCUGCAGAAUCUAAACGUGAUGAGGAAAGAGCAAAGGGGGUUGGUGCGGAUGAAGCAGCUGAUAAUCCAGAUAUUGUCCUGUUUGAGGACCAUGAAGAAGAGGAGGAUGAAGAAAGCGAGGAAGAGGAGGAGAGCGGUGGCCAGAGUGCCCAAGGAAGGGGUAGAGGAAGAGGAAUGAUGUGGCAGCCACACAUGCCACUGGUGCGGGGAGGGAGGCCAAUGCUUGGAGUCCGGGGUUUCCCUCCUGUCAUGAUGGGUGAUGAUGGAUUUGGUUAUGGUGAUGGCUUUGCGGCGCCAGAUAUUUUUGGCGUUCCUCCCCGGGUUCUUGGACCAUACGCGGGCGAACAGGCCCCAUGUCUGGGUUGGUUUUCCCUGGUAGGCCACCCCAGCCUGGUGCCAUUUUUCCGAUGGGUGGUCUUGGGAUGAUGAUGGGCCCAGGUCGGGCACCAUUCAUGGGUGGUUCGGUGAUGGGAGGUGUGGGUCGAUGCACUC